UUCACUUCCGACAAAAAUCUCUGAUUUUGAAGCUCUGUCAUUUCCCGACGACGGCAAUGGCGUCAGCUUCCAAGAACAUUCAGCAAAACCCUUUCUCCUCGAAACCGCCAAGGCCUCCGUCUUCCUCCGGCGCUGCAUCUACUUCCGCCGUGGCUUCCACCUCAGCCGAACCCCAAAUACGGAACCCUACCUUAAACACUAACCCUAGCACAAACGUUUUACCGUCGACUUCGAAUUUACCGAUUACGAUGUCACAAGAAGAUGAAAUCCUCGCACUUUCCAGUCACCUAACCCGCCCGGAGCUUCUCCAUCGCCGAUCACGCAACCUGAUGCAGCUCGCCAAGUGUUAUAGAGACAAUUAUUGGGCUAUAAUGGAGGAUGUCAAGGCGCAACACAGGGAUUAUUGGUGGAAGUAUGGGAUUAGUCCAUUUAAAGACGAACAUAAUCAAUCGAAUAAGAGACGGAGGCUUGGUCAAGAGGGAGAUAUCGGAGAUGGUGAUGCUGUUGAAGGUAGUGGAGAUAAUGGUAAUAACAAUGAUGGUGGUAAUGGUGUUAAGAGUGAUCAGUAUGCGAAUAGUAACAGUGGGAGUUGUAUGUAUGGAUGCAAAGCUAAAGCUAUGGCGCUUACGAGAUACUGUCAGCUCCAUAUUCUUAAGGAUAGUAAGCAGAAGCUCUACACUGGUUGUACAAACGUCAUUAAACGUUUGUGUUAUGUUUCAUUUUUUCAAGUUUGCAGAAAGGAUUUGGGAUUGACACUUGGCUCUUUUUCAAAGUUUUCCAUAGAGUUUGGGUGAAGUUUUAGCUUUGGACACCAAUAUAGUGAUCCUCGAGCGCCAUCAGGACCAUUACUUUGUGGAAAACCAACACUUGGGUCGACUGUUCCUGUACUUUGUAAUGUACACUUCCAGAAAGCCCAAAAGCAUGUUGCUAAAGCUUUAAAGGAUGCUGGUCACAAUGUCUCUUCAACAAGCAAGCCUCCUCCGAAGCUCCAUGUUAUAGUAGCUGCGUUUGUGCAUCAUAUUCAAGCAAAACGAAAAAAUCCACACAAGGAUUGUAAACUUAAAAGUGUAGUAAAAGAAGAAAAUACAAGCUGAGUCAAGCUGUUAGCGUUCCCAGGAGUUAUUUCAGUGUAUGUCCAGAAGGGAAAAGGUGAGGAUCUUUGCCUAAUGAUUCUAAGAAGUGAAAUAAAACUUAUAUGUUGCGCUCUGAUUCUUCUACAGAUUUUGUUUCAGUGUCCUGUAGGUAUCAGAUGUUGUUUAUCUGCGCUGAGCUAUUAAGAGAGGUUUUGUUACAGUGUCCGGUAGGGUAUAGUAGCUAAGGUAGUGGUAGUUUAUUGAGAUGAAGAUUCUACUCUUUUCAUAGGCUCAAUAAGAACUUGUGUGUUGGCACUCAUUCUAACAUUUGGAGAUGUCCAUUUCAGUUUUGUUGCAAUUUUGAUCAUUUGUACAAUUUACUUGUGAAAAGCGAAUGUGAAAUUGUAAUGGUCUAAUGGCCAAUGGGAGACUCAGGCAACGAGGCAUUGCAAUUGACAAAUUGUAUUUUCGAAA